AUGGAUAAAGCAGAUUACCAACAAAAAAUGGAAAAUAUAAUUCAAGAGGGCCCGUAUAAUGAAUUAAUAGCUGAUCCAACCCAAGAUUUUGCAAAGGAAAUUGAGACGAGAUGCAAAAAAUUACUAGAAGAGGAGAAAAUCACAAAAAUGGAAUAUGACGAACUAAACAUAAAAAAUACGAGAGCACCAAUCUUAUACGGAGCACCAAAGGUUCACAAAGAGAAUGUACCUUUACGCCCAAUAGUUGACUUCCGACAAUUUCCAACAUACCAAGUAGCUUCUUAUCUAUCAAAUAUUUUGAAGAAAUUGAGCAAUAAUCACGUUUACACCAUCAAGAAUUCUGCAGAAUUUAUUUCCGAAAUAAAAAACCUGAAAAUUCGACCAGGGGACACAAAGGUCUCAUUUGAUGUGGUGUCACUAUUUACAAAGGUACCCAUAGAAGAAAGUUUGAAUUACAUCAAAAAACUUCUAAACGAAAAAAAUGAUGGAUCUUGGACCAAAUUGACAAAUGAAGAUAUUAUGGACCUACUAGAAAUAUGCCUCUCAUCGACGUAUUUCAAAUAUGACGGAAAAUUCUACCACCAAACAGAGGGAACAGCCAUGGGUUCACCCAUCUCAGCAAUUGUAGCAGAACUCUAUCUGCAAAGCUUAGAACACAAACUAGUCACCAGGAACAAGUUCAUCAUCUUUUGGAGGAGAUACGUUGACGACAUUUUUGCAAUUAUUAGAAAAAGAAAAUUGGAAGCUGUCCUCAAUCAAAUCAAUGGAUUUCACCAUGCCAUAAAAUUCACAGUAGAAAAAGAAGAAAAUGGCAAAAUAGCAUUUCUAGACGUGAUGCUCUACGAAAAACCAGACCGAAGCUUAGGCCAUCACAUUUUCAGAAAAGCAACACAUACCAAUAAAUACUUAAAUUUCCAUUCCUUCCACCCACCUGCACACAAAAUUGGAGUAGUUGAUACGCUGCUGACAAGAGCGUUCAAACUCUCAGACAAAGAUCAUCUCAACAACGAAAUAGAAUACACCAUCAAAAUACUCACAAGGAAUGACUACCCAGAAUCUAUGAUUCGAUACCGCUUGAAGAAAGUCAAACGAAAAAUUAACGCAGGACAAAACCAAGACACCAAACAACUAGAAAAACGGAUUAUUUUACCUUGCGCAGGAAACGUCACAACCAAAAUUGCACGAUAUUUACAAAGAAAAUUAGAAGUAGAAAUUGGCUAUUAUCCUGGACCUAAGCUAUUCACAAUGAUAUGCAAUACAAAAGAAAAAAUCAAGAAAACUCAAUGCGGCGUGUACUCCAUCAAAUGCAAUGACUGUCCUGCCAAAUACAUAGGGGAAACCGAAAGAGACUUCAAAACAAGAAUAUCUGAACAUGAAAAUGCCAUUAGAAAUGAAGCAACAACAAUUUCACCCGUUGCGAAACAUAUGAUUGAACAAAAUCAUCAACUAGACCCCAAUUCCCACAAACUCAUACUUAAGGAACCCAGGAAAUUUUACAGAAAAUUCAAGGAAGGAUUAUUCAUCAGAAACAUAAAAAAAGAAGAAAGGAUGAAUAUAUCAAAAGGAAUGCCCAUAAACUCUAUCUGGUCCACAACACUAAUUAAUUUUUUAAUGUAUCCAUGA